GGUUGGGUUUUUCUUCAAACGUAAAUCUUACCCGAACCGACUGGAUCAUCGUGUUUUUAUUUUAUUUAUUCUCCCUAUUUUAAUUCAAGAUAUGGCACUUGUAGUCGGACCUCGGACAACACCACUAUUGACACCACACAACCUUCUCAUUAAUUCAAUUAACAAAGUCGAUGUAGAUACAGUAGUUAAUUCGUUAACAAAAUGGUCACAAGUAGGGUCAAAACAAUUGAAAGAGUAUAUAAAUACAGCAAUAUGUGGUCGCUGGAAAGACGUUGAUCCAGUCGUUGUUCAGGAAGAAUUAAAAAAGGCGCUUGUCGAAUCCCGUCGUCAACAGGAGUGGAAGGAUCCAAAUCAGAGAGUAAACCCAUCGUUCACUGAAGCAUUAGAGGCAUUGAUGAAUAUCAGUUACAGAAAAAAUGCCCCCAAGGAAUCGGUUUGCAAAUUUACUGAAGUAGGUAUUCACAUCCAAGGGUUAGUCAGGCAGUUAAUAAAAAUGGAUCAGCUUCUGGAAAACUUCAAAUGCUUCAAAUCGACACGAGAAAAGUGCCAUAAUCUUCUCCAAAAAAUAAGGAAUUUGGGAUUAGAAGAUUUACCCAACAAAGAAAUGCAUAAAAAAUUCAAGAAAUCUAAGCUUGAUAAGGCAUACGCCUUACUCUUCAGUGUUGUCCCAAUAAUUAUGGAUAUCAUUGAACAAAUUGUUGAAAUCAUUUGCUCUGAAAUACCAAACGCAGAUUUGACAGAAGAGGAGGUUAAUGAAUGGGCCAACAAAGCAAAGAAGCAAGUCGGUGAAGAACACACUGUGCAUGUUAUAUGUGAUCAUUAUUUUUGGCAUAUUAAUGUAAAUCCUUUGGAUAACGAAAGAGAAGAAAUAAACAGGUUGACGAGACUACUGGAAGCAAGGACAAAAGAAAAUCAAGAUCUGCAUUUGGCUUUGAAGAAAAGUGAUGCAGAAAACCAAGAUCUUCAGUUAGCUUUGAAGAAACACAAUUCAGGAGCAGAGUGUAGUUCUGAGACCCCAAAACAUGAGUCAGGUAUACCAUAUAAUGAGUUGGAUGCGUUAUUAGGUUUAUGCCGCCAAAAAGUGGGGCAAUGCAAUAUGGUAACGCAGUUAGAAACUAAUUAUUCCACAGAGAAUUUUGCAUACGGAGUGUUUGAUAGCAGAGGGGGAAAUUUGAGCGUUGAGAAUGGUGAUAUUAAUUUGUUUAUUCCACAAGGUGCAAUUUCAUCACCAAAACAGGAAAUCUAUAUUUAUAUAGACCCAAAGGCACGCUUUUUGAAAGGAAAUCAAGGUAUGGAAAGUCAGGUGAAGACUCGGGUAGCACCAAUCGUUACCUGUGGCCCGCCAGGAACCUCCUUCCUUAGCCACGUUGUCCUAACCUUUCCCCACAAUGCAGUAGAAGAGGAGAAAUGGCAAUUCACUGCUAUGCGCUCAGAGGGAGACAGACAUUCCGGUGAGUGGCAAAAUAUAGAUGACGUUGAAGAUGAUGAUAGCAUUUUUAUCGUCGACGAUGGCUUCUGUACGGUUAUGGUGAGACAUUUUACCCGUUUUACCAUAACAAAUUCAACAUUUUAAAAAAGUUGUUGAAAUUUUAAUCUGAAAUACAGGGGAACUUACUUUGUUAAGCGACCGCACGCGAGGCUGGAAAAUAUUUAUAACAAAAAGAUAAAUAUAAAGAAAAAUCCCUCAGUUUCAUGCAAUGUGCAAUCUUCAAGCCUGAGUGAAUGAUCUGCAGGAAUGGUAUAUAUAGAAUAUAUAGACCCAUUUAGUAUAAAUAAAUGGAAUAAAUAGACCCAUAUAUUCCAAUCAGUUGAUAUUUUUUAUAGAGGAAAAUAGAAAUAUUUGCGCUGCAUAAUUUAUAUUGAGUAAAUGAAUACUAAAUUACAAUUUUUAAUUGAAUUUCACUAAUUUGUCUAUACUGCUCCCGGUUCUGUAUCCUAUUAGGUAUUAAACAAAAACUAGGCUAAAUAAAUAACAUACAGAUAAUAUUUUAAAAUCUGAAACGAUAUUUUUUUAAAGUAUUAGAAUGUUUUAUAGGUUUUUCAGUUUCAUUAUGCUUUAUUUUGAUUGGAAUAUCCUUUUAGAUAAAACCAAAAAUUCUUACUCUUUUUUUAACGUAAACAGUUUCGGUGACUCCUAGUAACCAUCGCCAGUAUGAAUGUGGCUUGGUUGGUUAAUACUACCAUGGAGGAAAUAUAUGAAGAUAUAUUAUUUUCUUCAGACGAUGUACGUUACCACCAGCAGUUUUCAAAAUAAAACCUAUAGAGAUAAGCAAAACAAAUGAAAACAUGAACUAUGAUGAAGGUGCAUACCAUCUGUCCCGUAUAUAAAUAUCCCCUUCUCUCGACUUUCCAUUCAAGAGGUGGGACGGGAUCUACUUUGAAAACUAGUGGCGCCAAUCAACGUGCAUCGACUGAACAAAGUAGUAACAAAUCAAACCAAACCACAUUUGUGCUGACGACGGUAACUGGUAGCCAGUGAAACUGUUUAAUUACGUAUAAAAAAGUACCCUAAGCAUUUUUGGUUUUAUCUAAAAGGAAAAUAAAAUCAAAACGAAACAAAAUAUUGAGGUUUUAGGUACAUUAUACUCAUGAUAUAGUAAAGUAAAUAAAGCAAUAUAGGUGACAGGAAGGUUUUACGAUAUUUGAAAAUAUUCAUAUGAUUAACACUUUUUGUGUAGCCCUAUGUUUUAUGACUACUAGCCUAUCAUGGAGGUUUGUUUGAUGAUUAGCUUUAUUGUAGAGGAGUUAACUCUAAUAGGUGUUAUCAAGGACUUUCAACUGUACAGAUAAAAAUCUUUUAAUCUGUGACAAUAAAUGUUCCUUUUUUUAUGCCACCAUAUAGGCCCAUAAUAAGGCCUAGACAAAAAUGUUUUUUUUUUUAAAUUCGUUAAUACAGUUGCGUGUGUAGUCAAAAUAGCUUAAAUCACAAACAAGCAAAUACUGUACUAAAAAUGGUUGUUACUAUCAUAGAGGUUUUAAAGUGAUUAGCUUCAUUUUAGAAGACUUAGCUUAGAUUUCACUUUGAUUGAGUCAAUGACUUUCAUAAAAAAAAGUUCUUGAUUGUGACAAAGUAACAAUCAUUGUUUGUAUGCCACUAAUACAGGGAUUUUUUUUCUUUUUAUUAUCAAUGCGUUGAAUAUAUUUUAUAUUGAUAUGUGUAGUCAAAUGGUUGAUGAAAAAGAUCCCAAAGACAGAUUCAAACUUGACUUUUACGUAUAGUCGAAAGACUUAUAUACAGUAUUUAAUACUGUAUUCAAUGCAUGGUACUGGUGAGGAUGAAGAUAAUGAUGACGAUGGUGUUGAUAAUGUUGUUGUUGAUGAUGAUGAUUUGAUAGCAAUGUUGGUAAUGUUUUAUGAUGAUCAAGAUGGCCAUGAUUAUUUAUUGUAUAUGUUGUAAACUGAUGAUGAUGACAACAAUGAUAUUGAUAAUGAUAGUCAAAUUAUGAUCUGAUGACAGCGAGGGUCAUGAUGAUCAUGAAUUCUGCAUUAUUUUAUCCAAGGAUGUAUUUAAUACCUUUUUGCUUCAUCGUAUAUGGUAUAAGAGUUUAUAAAAAUUAAGAUACCAUAUAUUCACAGCUA